AUGGAGAGUCCCCAUGGGCUCUUGUUGGUCGCCCUAAUAGCAACUUCCGCCAUUAUUCACCUUGUUCGAGCUCAAGAUCCAGAAGGGUUCAUCAGUUUGGAUUGCGGGUUACCCCCGAAUGAAGUGUCUCCUUAUAUACAUCCGGGAAGUGGGUUAACAUACUCAUCAGACUCAGCCUUCAUUCAAAGUGGAAAAAUUGGAAGAAUUGAAAAAAAGCUAGAGGAAACGUACAAAAAGAUGGUGUGGACGUUGAGAUAUUUUCCAGAUGGAAAACGCAACUGUUACAGUUUCAACGUCAAGCAAGGAACAAACUAUUUGAUUAGAGUCAGAUUUGUCUAUGGAAACUAUGACGGUGAUAACAAUAAUCCAAUUUUUGAUUUACACAUAGGCCCUAAUUUCUGGUUGUCAAUGGAUUUGGGGGAUAUGAAAGAUGGUAGUACAUUGGAGGAUAUCAUUCACACUCCAAGAUCAAACUUCUUGGAUGUUUGUCUUGUUAAGACAGGCACGUCCACGCCAUUUAUAUCGUCGUUGGAACUAAGGCCUCUACCAAAUAACAGUUAUAUCACGACAUCGGGUUCAUUGAGAUUUUGGACGCGGUACUAUAUUACCGAUUCAAAAGCCUUUAUAACGUACCCAGGAGAUGCCUAUGAUCGAUUAUGGAUCCCAUACCUUAACUCGACAUGGAAGAAAAUCUCGACCACACUUAAAGCAAACAACACUGGUAGCUUUAACUUGCCGCAGGUUGCUGUCACAACCGCUGCAACACCCGCGAAUGCGAGUGAACCAUUGAUAUAUACUGACUUUCUUCCGUUUCCCAACGAUAAAAUUUUCUUCUUCCUCCACUUCUCCGAGGUUCAAGUCUUAGGGGCAAAUGAGACACGAGAGUUCGACAUUUUUUGGAAUGGAAAAGUUAUAUCUGAGAGUUUUAGGCCUAUAUAUAUGCAACCCAAAACUGUAUACAACCCGUAUCCAGUUACUUGUGAAGAAGGGAAGUGCGUCUUAGAGCUGAAAAAAACUCGAAGGUCUACUCUCCCACCUCUGCUUAACGCCAUCGAAAUUUACAUUGUUGUCGACACUCCACAGUCUGAAACAAAUGAAAAUGAUGUUCUUACUGUCAGAAACAUCAAAGCCACCUAUGGAUUGAAUAGAAUCACAUGGCAAGGAGAUCCAUGCGUCCCAAAACAGUUUUUGUGGGACGGUCUAAUUUGCAACAUCGUAGAUACGUCUACACCACCGACAAUUACUUCCUUAAACUUGGCUUCAAGUGGGUUAACAGGAACCAUAGCCGAUGGAAUUCAAAAUCUUACCUAUCUAGAAAAGUUGGACUUGUCAAAUAAUAGUUUGACUGGUGUAGUGCCGGAAUAUCUAGCAAACUUGAAAUUCUUGACGCUCUUAAACUUGAGCAACAACAAUCUGAACGGUUCAAUUCCGCAAGCUCUUCGUGAUAGAGAAAAGAAAGGACUUAAGAUUAUUUUUGAUGGAGAUGAUAAAAAGCCAUGUUUAUCUGGCUCAUGUAAGAAGAAAUUUCCGGUGCUGAUUCUUAUUGUAGUAGUUGCUUCGGUGAUCGUGGUCAUCAUUGUGGUAUUGGUUCUCGUUUUUGUUAUCAAAAAGAGAAAUGCAUCUAGUAACGUGGAAGGUAUCCUCCAAAGACUCGUCAUAAUAAUUCAACAUAUAUGUCGUUCCUGUACUAAAUUUUACCCUGCAGCUCUACCACCGUCAUCAACUACGCCACGUGAAAAUGUUACACCCACUGGAAUAUCUGAUUCAUCUAUCAAGACAAAAAAGAAACGGUUUAGUUAUUCAGAAGUUAUGGAAAUGACAAAAAACUUGCAAAGACCACUUGGUGAAGGAGGGUUUGGCGUCGUCUAUCACGGUGAUCUAAAUGGUUUACAACAAGUAGCUGUAAAAAUAAUAUCCCAAUCAUCAGCACAAGGCUAUAAAGAAUUUAAAGCAGAGGUAGAACUUUUGCUAAGAGUUCACCAUAUAAAUUUGGUAAGUCUUGUCGGAUAUUGCGAUGAACGAGAUCAUCUAGCUCUUAUCUACGAAUACAUGUCCAAUGUAGACUUAAAGCAUCAUUUAUCAGGAAAGCAUGGUGCUUCCGUUUUGAGUUGGAGUACCCGACUACGAAUAGCCGUUGACUCUGCACUAGGAUUGGAAUAUUUACAUAUCGGAUGCCGACCAUCCAUGGUGCACAGAGAUGUCAAAAGUACUAAUAUAUUAUUGGACGAGAAGUUCACAGCCAAAAUUGCAGAUUUCGGGCUUUCAAGAUCUUUCCAACUCGGGGAAGAAUCUCAUGUUUCGACAGUUAUUGCUGGUACUCCUGGAUAUCUUGAUCCCGAAUAUUACAGAACAGGUCGGUUGGCUGAGAUGAGUGAUGUCUACAGUUUCGGAAUUGUAUUAUUGGAGAUAAUCACAAACCAACGUGUAACUGACCAUACCCGGGAAAAGUCUCAUAUAACAGAAUGGACAGCGUUUAUGCUUAAUAGAGGAGAUAUUACCAGAAUCAUGGAUCCUAAACUUAACGGCGAAUACAACUCUCGUUCGGUCUGGAGAGCUCUUGAGUUGGCCAUGUUGUGCGCAAACCCUUCAUCGGGAAAACGACCAAGCAUGUCCCAGGUUGUUGUCGAACUAAAAGAGUGUCUUAUUUCCGAAAACUUGAUGAAGAGACAGAAUCAAGAUAUGGAUUCACAAAGUUCCUUGGAAAUGAGCAUGAGCUUUGAUACCAAGGAUUUCCCUAGUGCAAGGUAG